AUGAGGAUUCUUGCGUGGAAUUGUAGAGGGGCGGCUAAGCCGGCCUUCAUGUCUUCCUUUAGGCGGUUGGUUCAGAUCCAUAGUCCAGAGAUCUGCCUUCUCUAUGAAACACGACUAUCCGGUAGUGGACUGGAUCGUGUAGUACGCCGGUUUGAGGUCGACUGGGAGUCAUAUGUAGUUGAGUCCCAGGGGCUGUCCGGGGGUAUUGUGGCUCUGUGGAAGCGGGGUGGGGCUACAGUCGAUGUGUUCCAUAACUGCUCCCAACAGGUCCUGAUGAUUAUUUCGGCACCUAACGCCGCACCAUGGGUCCUGAGUGGUGUGUAUGCUAGCACUGACCAUCGGACCAGAAGGGUCCUGUGGGAUGAGCUCACCCACUUAAUCGCUCAGGGUCUUCCAACGGCGAUAGUGGGUGAUUUUAAUUGUAUCUUGGAGGGGAGUGAGAAACGUGGAGGUAGGGCUUUUUCUGACACUGUGGAUAGGAGGGAGUUUAGAGACUUUCUCUCACGAAACGGCCUAGUGGAUCUAGGAUUCUCUGGCCCGCAAUUUACUUGGUGUAAUAACCAGUCUGGCCAAGCCAGGGUGUGGGAGCGGCUCGAUAGGGCUAUUGCUUCCUCUGACUAG